UUUUCCCCGCCUAUUAAAAACAAACACGUAAAUGUAGGGGUGUCUCUCCGAGUGCCACUCCACGUUUUCGACUUCCCUGCGUUCGAGUCUCAGUCAACCCAACCGGUGACGACCUCUCAGUCCCUCCACGACACGUGCUCCCGGGCCUGUUCGAACGUGCCCGACCGCUUCUCUCGCCCGCCGCCGACGCGACAGUGCACCAUCAACAGCGUGAGCGACCUAGAGGGACAAGGCAGCAGAAGCUCGUUGUUCAACUCGCACAACCCAUCCGGCGGCGGCAUCGCGACAGCGGAGGUGACUCAAGAGGCAGCUCGGGAAGAGGGACCGGAAGGCACCAUGUCAGAGAAGGAACAGCCUCCGAUGAUGGACCAGAAGCUCUGCGUUGCCGGCUGCGGCUUCUUCGGAUCCUCGCAGACAUCGCAGAUGUGCUCAAAGUGCUGGAAGGACUCGAUGUCUAAGUCUAUGCUAGGGGCGGAGGGAAAGAAAGAGAACGGUGCAGGCGCAGGGUCCUCCCCUUCCUCCUCGUCUCCGUUGCCAUCGUUGUCCAAGCCCUCUCCUAUGGAAGAGAGCAGCACAGCAGCACCAGCACCAGCAGGAGGGGACGGGUCCGGAGUAGCCUCGGGGGAAGCAAUCGGCGCCAGCAGCAGCAGCACCGCCGCCGCCGUCGCGGCCCCACCCCUCACACCGCCACCGACCGUCGCCGCCGCCGCCGCCGUGGCAGCUGAGACCCCGACCGUGGAGAUGACGCCAGUGCCCCCACCGCAACCCCCGUCUUUCUCCACGCCCAUGGCGGUCGCGGCGCCUGCGCCGAGCCCCCUGUCGUUCAGCGUGGGCGGGGCCGCGCCAGCUAUCGGCGGGGGAGCCGCGGAGGAGGACGCGGCGGGGAUGGCGGUGGCGACGGCGGCGGCGAUGGAGGCGGCGGCGGAGCCGGCGGCGCGUCCCGUGCAGAAAAACCGGAAACGGUGCUUCACCUGCCACAAGAAGGUGGGCUACACGGGCAUCGCCUGCCGUUGCGACUACGUGUUCUGCUCCCUCCACCGCUACCCGGAUCAGCACGACUGCACGUUCGACUUCAAGACCUCUGACAGAAACGACCUCAAGAGGACAGUGGUGGGCGGGGGGAAGUUCAGUAAGGUCGACCGCCUCUGACACGGCGGGUCUCCGACGAUCGAUGUCGUACGACUGGCUGGCUUGACCCUGCCCGCGCUUUGGUCGGGUCGCUUUUGUCUCUCCUCCCGUCGGUGAUUUCCGUUUUAUCCUUGUGAGGCUGUGCAGUUGGAAAGUAGAGGGCGGUUGAAACGAGGGCGCUCGGAAAUGGCCACGGGGGAGAAAAGCGGUGACGUUGGGCUGAGCAUUCACCAUUCGCGGACCGAGGGGGGGG